CGCGCUAUAAGAAGCGGGGCGGGCAGCGGGGCCGCAGCGGGCGCGGCGGGGGAACGAGAUGAGCAGCGCCGGCGCCGCUGCAAGAUGCUGGAUGGACACGUCCUGCUGGGAUGGCUCUCCUCCUGCGCGCUCCUAGGGCUGCUCGCCUGCGCCCCGCGGCCCUCCGCCGCCUACUUCGGGCUGACGGGGAACGAACCCCUGACCAUCCUCCCUCUGACCUCGGAAAUGGAGGAGGCGGCCGUCAAGGCCCACUACAAGGUGUGUGACCGCCUGAAGCUGGAGAAGAAGCAGCGCCGGAUGUGCCGGCGCGACCCCGGCGUGGCCGAGACCCUGAUGGAGGCCAUCAGCAUGAGCGCCCUGGAGUGCCAGUACCAGUUCCGCUUCGAGCGCUGGAACUGCACCCUCGAGGGCCGCUACCGGGCCAGCCUCCUCAAGAGAGGUUUUAAGGAGACAGCCUUCCUGUACGCCAUCUCCUCGGCGGGGCUGACCCACGCCAUGGCCAAGGCGUGCAGCGCGGGGCGCAUGGAGCGCUGCACCUGCGACGAGGCCCCCGACCUGGAGAACAGGGAGGCCUGGCAGUGGGGAGGCUGUGGGGACAACCUCAAAUACAGCAACAAGUUCGUCAAGGAGUUCCUGGGGAGGAAGCCCAACAAGGACCUGCGAGCCAGGGUGGACUUCCACAACAACCUGGUGGGCAUGAAGGUCAUCAAAGCCGGUGUGGAGACCACCUGCAAAUGCCACGGUGUGUCCGGGUCCUGCACCGUCCGGACGUGCUGGAGGCAGCUCUCCCCCUUCCACGAGAUCGGGAAGCAGCUGAAGCAGAAGUAUGAGACCUCGCUCAAGGUGGGCAGCACCACCAACGAGGCCACGGGGGAAGGUGACAUCUCCCCGCCUAAAAAAUCCAUCCCCGGCCACAGCGAUCAAAUCCCAAGGACUACGGAUCUCGUCUACAUUGACGACUCCCCCAGCUUCUGCCUGAUGAGUCGCUAUUCCCCCGGGACCUCGGGACGGAAGUGUUACAAGGACAAGAACUGCGACAGCAUCUGCUGCGGCCGGGGGCACAACACGCAGAGCCGGGUGGUGACGCGCCCGUGCCAGUGCCAGGUGCGUUGGUGCUGCUACGUGGAGUGCAAGCAGUGCACCCAGAGAGAGGAGGUUUACACCUGCAAGGACUGACAUGACCUGCGGCCUCUGCUGCACGGCCACCCCCGGGGACGGGCCAGCUUGGAGAACUGCCUAUGGAGACAAACAGGGUUUGAUUGACCUUCUGGGAUCUGGAAGCUGUGUUGAGACAUAAGCACUUUGUAGGGUACAGGUGACCCAGCUGUGUUGCUGUUUUGGUUUUUUCUGUUUUGUUUUGUUUUUUUGUUUUGUUUUUCCUGUAGACUGAAUUUUCAUGAGGUCCAACCAUGUGGAAAUAAGUGCCUGUCACACUGGGGUUAGACACCAGUUGACCUUCACCUUCGUCGUCUACGCAGUUUGAUGGAUCAUUUCUCCUUGGAACAUUGUUUCAGCCAUCCUCCAUGAACUCCUGGGCUAAGAUAUUCCCUUUGGCAUAAAUAUCCUGUACUUCUUUAUUCCUGGAGCUCACCCAACUGCUUAGAGAGCUGAGCAGAUACAAAAGAUCUUUCUGCUUUGAGCGUGGGAAGCAGCCACUUAUUUCUCCUAAAACUGGAGAGGGAUUUAUAGGGAAUGAUGGGUUCUUCCAGUGGAGUUUCUGCACAUGGAGCAAACCAGGCUCUGACAAAGAGACCCGCUGGGAGCAUCAGCUCUUUAAUGACAGCUCCGUAUCCGCGUGCGUUGUCACCAAGUACAGCUCGAAAACGUUGGGUCCACCACGUUGCAGAUGGAAAUAGAUCCAAGAAAAGAGGUUGGGAAGACAGCAGAACACCAGACGUGCCUGUCCCAUUCAGUACAAUCCCAUGUUCUUUAUUUAAAACAAUUCCCCCAAAUGCAGGUUCUUUAGCACUAUCGCUGUCUUAAAUUUAAUUGGUUUUCUUUUUUUUUUAAACCACUAGAUACUUUUGUUUCAUUUUCACUUCGCGCAUGAUUUAUUUUUCUCUCCUCUUCCCACCUCUUGCUGAUGGAAUUCACCCUGUGGUAACUGCUUCAGAAAUCUCAACUGGAACUUGUUGAGUCUUACGCCAGCUGAAUUUGGACGUGUUUCUCUUGAGCAGAACAAGAGAAAUCUGAGUGCAUCUUGGAACCCAGGGCUGUCUUGCAUUGUGGAGCAGCCGUUGUGGCCUGGAUCAGACCUCUGGAGGAGCUGACUUUUCUUUCCUAGGUCAUCAUUCCAUUUACUCUAAACCAUGGCAGUGGUACAUGACACAAGCUGUAUGUAAACCCUAUGACCUUAAGAUGAUUUUUUUUUUUUUUUAACCACUAGAUCGAAAACUGUAUUUUAAAAACACGUCUGCUAAAUCCUACCAAACUCGUGGAUUUGGAA